AAGUUAGCUAGCAAUGGAGGCAGAGAGCCGGUAGAGGAGGAGAGGACCGCAGCAUCAUCCUCACACAUCGCCAUGAGAGCAGCUGAAGCAUAGAACCCAGAACCACGCGACGGGGGAGGACUGACUGUGACGACAAAGAUGAGCCGCUACUGCUCGGACAACAACAACUUCCCCUAUGACAACAACGUCCUGGUUUUGGACAUGGUGCUGGGCUCUAUGUGGGGAGUACCCCAGCCCAUAAACUGGGACAACGUCGCCAAGCUGGUCCCAGGAUUCACUCCCAAGGAGUGUGCCCGUCGAUUUGAGGAGCUGAAGAACACAGGGGGGUUCCCUCAUGUCGACAACCAAUGUAAUACUCUGACAGAGGGAGGUACCUCCUCUUCAAAUGGCCUGUCUAUCCUGCUGGACACUGGGGAGACGGUCGACUCAGGAGACAGCCAGAGCAGCAGCAAAGUUACAGGCUCUAAAUCGACGCUCUCAGGAAGGGUUGGGGGGGGUGUGGAGAAGAAAGAGAAACGAGUGUCAGUAGAUGAGGACGACCGACCUCAGAAGCCAAGAGAUCCCAAUAUGGUCAUCCAUGUGUGUGAUGAGACUAAGAACCUGAAGCAGGACUUCACCUGUCCCAGAGAUCUUCUCGUCAAAGAGAUGCGUUACUUCGCUGAGUACUUGUCUGUGGACGCCCAGAGAUGGGAGGAAGUGGACAUCUCAGUGCACUGUGACGUGCAGAUCUUCGACUGGCUCAUGAAUUACGUCAGGAGGAACUCCGCAGGAGAGGGAAACAGGGACAAACCCCGGCUCGAGCCCAGCAAUGUGAUCUCAAUCCUGAUCUCCUCCGAGUUCUUGAAGAUGGAUACGUUAGUGGAUGAAUGUAUCCAGUACUGCUACAAAUACAUGAGCGCCAUCGUGGCUACACCCUGUAACAUGAACUGCAUCAACAGCAACCUGGCCACACGCAUCGCCGAGUUCUUCAGCCACAACGAGGCGGACGACAUCAGGGACAAAAAGGACAAGUUCAAGAGCAAGUUGUUCCAGAAGAAAAUCGAGCGUCUCUUCGAUCCCAGCUAUCAGAGCAGAGAUUCACCGGGCAACGCCUCAACCCUCUACAGGUGUGGUUUGUGUGUGAAGAUGCUGACCAAAGACACAGAGAGGAAGAUUUGUUGUGUUCCAGGGAAAAUCAACGUCGAUGCUCAAGGAGAAAUCAUCUAUACCCACACAAGACAGAGGAGUUGGGACGUGCAUGAUUACAUUAGUGGACUAUAUGAGGAGCUCAAGUCCUGGGUCCUGGUUUACUGGAGAAUCUGGGGUACAAUCAACUACCUCACCUGCUCCCGGUGCCAACAGUUGUUUGUCUGUGCAGAGCUGACCCACUGCAAGUACCAUCAAGACAGUGUUCUGUACCCUGGCCCUGGUGCUGAGAAGGGCUUGCAUGGUGCAGGAGUUUAUCCCUGCUGUAACCAGAGGGUUCUCCGCUUUGACCCCACUGGAAUGCCCAAGGGCUGUAAGAUGCGGGACCACAUAGUGAACCUACCUGAUGAAGAGAACUGUGAUGAGGUGACCUCAGCUCAGACCAGAGUCCUCAAUGACCUGCUGCUGCACAGAGACGCAGUGUGUGUGUCCAACACACCACCGGUAGAUGGUACUGAGGAGAGUCCGUCCACUGCCGAGAAGGUUCAGGACUGUGAUGUUCUCUUGGAGCCAACACUCCUCGGACCUCUGAGAGGAGACGGCAGCACAUUUUCCCUCUUGAAAAACUGGAGUCUGCAGCUGAGGCACCAGUCUCUUCUGUCAGAGGACGAGGAGUACACCACGGGGUCAGAGGUCACUGAAGAUGAGGUGGGGGAUGAAGAGGAGCUGUCCAAGAAACAAGCUGCUAAGAGGGCAAAGAAGGCUCACAGACCUCUGAAGAAACAAAUGUCCUCUCCCAACUUCCAACGCAAAGACAAACCAGAGAAAUCACAGACGAGGGACAACACACCUUUCGUAGUGAGCGUUCAGAGAAGUAAGUGGGACAGCUCUCGCUCCAUGCGCUACAACCAGGACGCUCAGAGAGAAGAAGACCAGCGUCGCAUGGUGGAGAUCAUCGGCCACCUGACGAAGACGAGGUUUGGAGACGAGGAGCAGAGCAGAUCUAAGGACACUAAAGAGCCGGCAGGGGGAACCUACUCCAGAUUGGAAGGGCAGUUUAAAAGUACAUCUCAAGCCAGACAGAGUUCAGAGAAGACACCCAGAUCUAAAACUCGCUACGCUCAGAUCCGGACAACGUAAAGGAACCGGUGGGAAGAAGGCCUCUGGGCUGAUGAAAAGACAGUUCAGAAGAAACGAGGAAGAGGCGAGAUCUUCCUGUGUGGAGGAAAGUAACUUCCUAUCGGCAGCCCCCUCCAGCACGGCCACCUCUUAUAACUGUGGACCAUCCUUUCACACUUAC